AUGUCGGACACUUUUGCCACCGCUCAACCCACCCCCGUCAACGAUCAAGGCGGUUACAAGCAUGAGGGCUCCGUCACUGCCCUUGUAUGCUCUCCCGACGGCCGUUGGAUAGCUUCGGGAGGGGACGAUGGCCAAAUCGUCGUCUGGGAUGUCCCUUUGAAUGGGACAAUGAUAAUCCGUUUAACAUCUCACCAAGGCACCAUCUCCACUUUGGUCUUUUCGACCGACAGUAUUUUGCUAGCCUCCGGUGGGCAGCUUCCAGGCUCGAACACGAUCAUCAUCUGGGAGGUCGGAACCUGGGAAAAGCUGGUGCACAUAACCCCUCUGGCUACCGCUCACUGUCUGGCGUUUUCCCCCGACCCCGAGCGGUCGCUGCUGGUUGCGGGAAACUCAAACGGAGAACUGGAGACGUGGGACGCUCGUCCGGACCAAGGCUUCGCACCGGUUCAUUGUCUCAAAAAGAAUGCCGCCCCGAUCACUUUCAUGGACUUCUCUGCUGACGGGACUAGGAUGGUCACUGGCGGCAUGGAGCGCAACUGCGUCGUUUGGGAGGUUGCGACUCUCAUGCCGCCUCCGCCUCUCCCGCCCAAGGCCCCUACCCCACCGGUCGAGGGCUCCCCUGUGCACAUCGCGGGCACUCCUCCGCCCGUCAAAGAGGACUCAGUCGAAGACGCGUCGUCUCCGAGGGAGAUCGAGCCCACGAGCCCACCCCCUCAGACCCCCGCGGUCAAGACUCCGUACGAGCCCAUUGAUCCCGCCCGCAUCGCUCCCGUCGCAUCCUGGCCGGUCGGCGACAACGGCAUUGUCUACGCCGCGUCGCUUGCCCCCGACGGCGCCCGCAUCGCACUCGCCUACGAGGACGGCGGGGUCCAGAUCUGGGACUGCGUCCCGAAGGCGCCGACCCGGCUGCUCACCGUCUGCGAGGAUCGCGCGAGUCCGCUGGACCUCAUCUGGACGCUCGCGUUCUCCCCUGACGGCCUCUCCCUUGCGACGGGGGCGGAGAGCGGCGCCGUCGUGGUCCUCGACUCGUCCUCGGGGAUGCGCAGGUGCACGCUCGACGGGCACAAGUGCGCGAUCAACGUCGUGAACUGGGCGCCCGACGGACAGCACCUCGUCAGCGCAGGGGCGGACAACACGGCACAGGUGUGGAGCAUGGGCGAUGGGGAGAUGGUGCUGAAGUGCAACGAGCACAAUGACGUGACGCACACGGUGUGGUCCCCGGAUGGAACCACGAUCGCCUCUGGCUCAUUGAAUGGAGAGGUGCGCAUUCGGCAGUUUGUAGCACGUACUAGUAAGGCGACGUCGGACGGGCUUGGUUCCUGCGCAAAUAGCACCAUCGAUGUAUAG